CGAUGAUCGGCGUCGCUUUUUUUUCACAGUCAUGAUAUAUGACUCAGGAACCAUUUAUUGUUGCGGAUAAUAGACAUGCGUGGUCGCCGAUGAAUUGAAUGUUCGUGUGGAAGGGCGAUUGUCAAAUUACAGGUGAGGCGGAUUUGAUAUUAGUCAAUUAAUUUUGGGGUGGAGCUGCGUCCCUUGCCGCCCAAUUACCGCCGCCAAUUUAACGCAUUCGUUUAACCAAUUCAGACGUUCUUUAUAAAUGUGUUAUAGAUGUAUGCCGGGUAUGCUCAUAUGAAAAAUGUCGACUCUCCAGAUAACACUGAUUGUUUGCAUGUUUGCAACAGCCAAGAGUGUAAAUGCCAUGACCGUGUAUACGUGUGGACCAAACAAUACGUGUGUAUGCACAUAUGAUAAACAGGAAAGGAUUACAAUGGACUGUGAAGGAAGGGGAAACCUUAAACUUUCCGAAAUAUGUGUGUUUAUUGGAAAUGUCACAUCACUUAAAGCUGGAAGAAAUAACUUCGGCAACUUAACAGCAUCGGAUCUGAAAGGAUGUGAGAAUUUAACAGAAAUAUCUUUUAAUUUUAAUCAGAUUGCACACAUAGAACGAGAGACAUUCCAGGACUUUCGGCACCUACAUCUAUUAGAUCUGUCAAGAAAUUUGCUUCAGGUCUAUUCCAAAGGCUGGGAUGCAUCUUGUCUUCCAAAGAACCUUCAGACAUUAAAAAUAAACGGCAAUCCAAUACCUUAUAAUGUAAACUUUCCGAAUCUGGACAGUCACGAUAAUCUCAAUAAACUGACAUCGGAUGGAUUUUCGAAUACGGCUUUUAACGUUUCAAAAAUAGCAUCUUUGUCUCUAUCCGGAUUAAAUUUAGAAACACAAUGUAACCUCACCCAAAUAAACAACAAUACGUUCUCGCUGUCAGAUUCACUAAAAGUUCUGAACAUUUCUGCUUGUGGAGUUAUCAGCAUCACUGCUGGAGCUUUCGAGCAUCUUCACAGUCUAGAGGUUCUGGAUCUAUCUUAUAACCGUCAGCUGGAAUUAUGGAGUUUGGCCAAUGUCACGUACGGUUUGCAGUUUACACGGAUUCGUUUUUUGAACAUAUCAAACCUUUUCAGUAGGUUUGGCGGCGGAGUACAAUUAACAAUGCCGAAUUUUUGUUUCCUCUGGAACAUAACGGUUGAGGAUUUAGAUAUAUCGGGAAAUAAAAUAGAUAGUAUUGAAACUAACGCACUAAUAUUGACUCCUCCGUCGUUAAAGAUUAUUCGCGUAAAUCAUAAUAAAUUUUGGUUCGGUCCAUAUGUGCUUCAGUUAGGAUGUUUAGGCAAUGUUUCAACGAUAUUUUCCAGUCGCCUUAAUUACAUCCCUAAUCCAUUUAUUUAUACUCUAGAAAACAGUAAACGAUAUUCUGCACCAAAAGUGGAACUUUAUCAAAUGACAUGUCCUUUCUGUAAUGUAGAUUUUCUGAAAGAGUACGCAAUGCGUACCAAAGAGUGCUCCUAUAUUGAGAAUGGUGUCAUAGAUUUACUAAAUCCGAAAAUUCCUGUAAAACUUGAACGUCUGAUUGCUAAUGAUUGUGAUUACAGACAUGACCUAAGUUCUAAUUACUCUUAUAAUCCGGAAAAUAUUUCAAUUCGUUAUAUCGAUAUAUCGGGAAACACGUUUGUGUCGGUCACCGGAUACGUUGGAGAUAUACCAAUGCUAGAAACCUUAAAUAUGUCUCGCUGCUACAUCUCAACUAUUGGUUUGACCAGUUUAAACUACAGAUCACUGAAAACGUUGCGACUGGCUGACAAUGAUCUAGGCGCACAACUGGCAGAUUCAAAACGAUCAAACAUAUUCGAUAUGCUACAAUCCCUUCAAGAUUUGGAUCUGUCUUCAAAUGGAAUAACAGUAUUGUUUACUUCGACUUUUACAGAACUUGUCAAUUUGGAACGCUUAGAUUUAAGCAACAACGAUAUAGAACACUUUGACGUCAAUAUAAACACAUUACCACAUUUGUUGCAAAUUAAUCUUGAAAUUAACAGUAUUCAUACAUUAAAUAUAGGAGUUCGACGCAAACUUGAAGCCAACGAAAACGAUCGUUCUAAAUUUUCAAUAAACUUACAAAACAACUCGCUGGCAUAUGAAUGCAACAAUCAAGAAUUUCUACAUUGGUUGAUUCAACACAAAGCGAACAUGGUUGGAUUCAGCAUAUAUAGAUUUGUUACAUCUGACGAUGUGACAAUAACUUUCGACAAAAUGAUGACUGAUCUGGACCACCUAGCAUCGAGGUGUAGGUCAUAUGUAGCUGUCAUUAUAAUUGGUUUGUUGGCAUUAGCAACAUUCUUGUCAGUGAUUAUCGGUGGAGUGAUAUACAAGUAUCGCUGGAGAAUACGAUACCUCAUGUACAUGUCAAAGAAGAGAUUUUUUGGGUAUCAUAUGCUUCCUGAUUACACAGCCAUACAAAACUACAAAUACGACGCAUUCAUAUCGUAUGCAGAAGACAAUAUACGUUUUAUACUUGAUGACGUCAUUCCCCGACUAGAGACGGAUAUUAUUUCAUUGUGUAUUCACCAAAGGGACUUUAUUCCUGGAAACGCAGUCUCAGACAACAUAAUUCACGCCAUCCAGAGCAGCAGAAAGACGGUCGUCAUAUUGUCAAAUGCCUUUCUGAAGAGCAAGUGGUGCAUGUACGAAUUCAACAUGGCGCGAAUGGAAAGCAUAUAUUCUAGAGGGGAGGACAUUUCGCUUGUUAUUGUGAUGCUGGAAACUGUUCCAAAUAGCGCUAUGCCGUUGGAAAUGUUAAGAUGGAUUCAAGACAAUAAUUAUAUUGAAUACACGACUGAUCACGAGGGGAACGCUCUUUUCUGGGACAAACUGAGACGUGUUAUAACAUCGUAAAUUCGAGCAUGCUAAAUGUUAUUCUUAGUAUCUCUUUUUUUACUUUCUUCUCAGCCAUUUAAAUGAGUGUUCAUGUUUUAGCCUAAACUGUAUGUAUUCAAGCCUUACGUUAGGUAUGUAGUUUCUUGUAUGUUUUAUAUGAGAUCUAAUAAGACAUAUUCCACUUUAAAUUCGGCCAUAGUGGUUUCAAUCUUGGUAAGCAAUUGUUUAAGGGUGAGUUUAAUGCCUGUAGGCUGCGCAAAGCACCCGUCCACAAAUGCUAAGUACAUGUGCAUCUGAAAUUGUUUCCAGUCAGUUGAAUAUCACGUUUUUAGCAGUUUAACUAUGUUAUACAAUAGGUCUUUUUUGACACAUGGUAAUUUUUAUGAGUUGCGAUGAUCAUGUAUUGUAUAUGUCGUCAAACAAAAGCUGUUGAUGAGUUAAAAUUAACAUAAAAUAUUUAUUUGUAUUUAAUAAUGUUAGAUAUUAUACGACAGUCUUGUUGUCUUUAUAUUGUGAAACACUUACUUACAUGACCAUAGUUUGAAAUAUCCGAUUUAUUUUCAAUGAACCUUUAGCAAACUCUGUCGCAUCUUUUUAUUAAAUAAGAAAUCAUACGAACUAUUUAUUCGUAAAAGUAUAUUUUGAUUUCAAAGAAACGAAAAGUGUUUGAAUGUGUGCAUGGGUCACCAUGGAAUAUAAAAAAUAAUCGUUAAUUAAAUUAAUUUAAUUGAAAACGUUUUUUGUGCACUAGCAACAUUUUAUUAUGUGAAGGUGAUGUCAAGUCCGGUAACAAUUAGUGAAGCAGAUGAGAAAAUAUGACGUACACUUGUAUAUACUUUAGGGUUGUUUUAAUGUUGUUGUUUUCUAGCUGAAUGUUGAAUGCUAUUAUGCUUUGGGUCUGGUUAAAAUAUACGUUUGAUGUGUGUUUUCUAGCUAAAUGUUGAAUGCUGUAAUGCUUGGGUAUGGAACGCCAAUGCUGCCUUCUGAUGGCACUGGUCUUUAUGUUCUGUGCAUUAACUAAGUUGUUUUGAGUAAACUACAUUUUGUCCUGAAGAAACAUAAUUUUGUUCUGUACAUAUUUCAUUAUGCUAUGUGCAUUUGCAAUAUCUAACAACAUUUUGUUAGGUGUAUACAUCAUUUCGUUCUGUGCAUUCGUCAUUAUGAUGUGUGCAUUUACUAACUCGUUCUGUACUAACGACAUUUCAUUUUGUGCAUACAUCAUUUCGUUCUGCCAUCAGAAGGCUGCAUUGGCGUUCCAUACUUGGGGUCUGGUAAAAAUCUACGUAUGAUGUGGUCCUGGAUUGUUUAGAACUUUGGCCACGUGCCUCAAACAAAACAGCAGAGAUUGUUCCUCUUCUGGUGAUGUCACUGAAGCUUUGUUAUUCAUAGGUUCUGCUCAUAUUUCAAGCGUCCACCAAAGAUAUGCGUGUAUCAGUAGUCACACUUUCUAUGACAUUGCAAAUUUGGUGUUAUGUUACGUUAUAAUAUUAUAUGUACCGUAUUGUAUUUAAUAAUAAUAGUACUUGAUAUUUCAUUGAAGGUAAAUAAGAAGAUUCAAUACCCUUCUUUGUAUUGAUUGAUAUGGUUAUAUUUCCCAGAUAUUAGAGCAAACGAGGUGUACAUGAAUGUUAACAUUUAUCCAACAUAUCAAUAAAGUACAUUUUUAAUUUUAAAACAUCAUCAGUUGUAAAGAGUAGGGACAUAAUGUCAUUACUUGUAAAGAAUAUCAAUUAACGCAUUAACUGGGUACCUAUUCAAGUAAUGAAAUAUUUAUCAGGUUUUGGUAUUUUUAUUUCGCUUCCGAUGAGCUUAUAUAAUUGUGUUAAUAUAUGAUAUGUACUAUGUGAAAUAAAUAAAAUGUACAGCUGCUAA